UCAGCUCCAGACUGGGACAAGGCGGCAGACUCCGUUUUUAAUAGAAUCAAAUCAGAAAGCGUCAAUGCGAAGAACUCGGAGAAACAGCCAGAUCCUUCUUCAGGAUCUGUACUACAGGGGACUUUCUGGAGGCGACAGAGACACUCCCAUCCCGGCAAAGCCAAGAGAUGCUCAAAUGAUUCACUCCAUAGCAAGUCUGAUCAGGGCAAAGAGCAAACUGCUCCCCCUGGAUAACCCUGAUAUAGUAGAAAACUACAAGCUGAGUGAGCCCAGAAAAUCUGCAAGUGGUGACCUUUAUCUUCCAGCGAUCUCAAAAAAAGCUUCCAGCCUGAACUCCCUCAACCGGGCCCUGAGUCAGUCCUGCCCUUAUCUGUAUGACAAGCGCAGAGGAUCCUUCUCAUCAGUUACUUCGCAGGGAAAAAGAGUUCACACUGAAAAACAGCAGAGUAGCCUAAAGGCACAAAAAGAGGCUAAGAAAUCCAAUGUGACAGUGACGAUGACCUACCUGGGACAAGGUCAGCGACGGUCACACUCAAGGUUGGCUCAGGAUGAACUGAAGGUGCUUCAGCAAGUCAACGGAGGAGAAAAUCUUUGCGUCUUUAAGGGCCUUGUUACUGCAGGAGAGCAGUUUCAGUUUGUAUCUCAGAGGCACCGAGGUUUCCCCUUCAGCGCUACCUUGUAUGUCAACGGCAUCAUGGUGGCCCGGAUCAGCUCCUGCUGCGAGUACCGCUACGCUCCCGGCUUUCAGCAGGGCAGGAAGAGCUGCUUCAGACUGAGCUGGCUGGCUGGUGGGAUGCCCUGUUACAGAUGCACUAGUCUCCGACACAAAUACAGCUCCUGCCAGCAGCUGAACAGCGGCACAAAGGAAAACUUAAUUCUCCCUCUCCAGCAGAACACUGGCAACGGCACCAUAGAGUCUUGCCCAUCAUCCCCUCUUUUUAUCCCAGCCAAACCUGAGAAGAAACCAGUGGGAAGAACUAGAAAACAAGUUAAGGAACAAAGUGGAGGAUCCACUGACAGUGAAGACGCUGUUUUUGCUGGAACAAAAGAAAAAUGCAGGAGGAGCAAACGCAAGGGUCAAGCCGAUCAGAAAGAGCGCAAAGGAAAGACAGGUGGGAACAACAGAGGGAAAGAUGGGCAAGGCGGCAAGGGCUUAGAGGGAUCAACUGUGGCUGAAAAAUCUGAAGAGCAGACAGGACACAAGCCAGAGCGCUCAAAAACAACGGGCAAUGCCGUAAAACUGCAGAGAGAACAGCUGCCAUCAAACAAGACAAGUAAAACCGUUGAUUCAUUGCAGGAUGAAGAGGGACUGACUAAGCAUAACAGAGAGAAGCAGAGAGGCCUCGAAUCAGAUGGGAAAACCAGAGAUGGGGGAACACUGAAGGACUUCUAUAAAGAAUGUGUGGAAAUGAGUGCCGAGUUGAACCGGAGCCCAAACAAACACUGGUUCAAGGCAAACAUCCUAGAGAGGUGCCGGCUCCAGAAGAGGCUGUCAUCCUCGUGCCCCAAAGCUCAGAACUCCGACGUGGAGCUCAGUGCGGAAAGUGACACAAUACCGCAGCCCGAUGGAGAGCCCGAGGAGGAGGAGGAGGAGGGGGAGGACACGGCAGGCCUGGACGCUGCCAAAGAAGAGCCUGUUCAAGAACAAGACCUGCAGGCACAGCUUGACGCCAUGAUGACGGUGUUGAGCACGUCUGACGAGGUCGAGCAGCUGGUUUUGAGGAACACGGAGCUGACAGAUGAUCUCUUGUUCAGUCUCGCGGGGGCCCUGAAGAGCAGCCCGUCUGACGUCACGCUGCUCAAUCUCAACCUCAACCUCAUCGGCCCCUACGGCGCUCACAUCCUGCUGGACGUCCUGAGAGCGAAGCCGCAAGUCCAAGGCUUGCACUUGUUUGGAAACAAACUGCGUGACCAUGGAGUGCUGACCCUGCUGAGCGGAGUCGCUGAGCUGCAGGAUCAAACCGCAGCAGCCGCUGCAGCCGUCCACCAGGCGCUGCUUUUCCCCUCGGAGCAAAGUCUGCUGCCGCAGCUCCCCACCGGGUGGAGCUCUUUUAGGGUUUUUGCCCUCUUGGAACUAGAUGUUGGUGGAAACGGCCUCGGCAGCAACGGGGUCAAGGUCUUAGCGUCGUACAUGAAAUCCCACUCGCAUCUGCGGUACCUGGGGCUGGCACAGACCAACGGCGCGGAUCUGUCUGCGUGGAAGGAGCUUUUUGACAGCCUGAGAGGCAACAGCUCCCUGGCCCAGAUCAUUUUAGAUGAGAGCAAUCUGGGGGACCCUGGAGUCAGGCUGCUGGCAGACAUGCUGAAGGAGAACACCGGUCUGCGGCAGGUGGAUCUCGACGGGAACGGCGUCAGCGACGUGGGAGGAAACGACAUCAUGGCGGCCCUGCUUUGCAGGACGCAGGUGUCGCUGACACAUCUCAGCCUGGACGAGAACAACAUCAGUGAGGGAUUGAUGAGCAGGAUACAGGAGAAGAUAAAAGGCUAAUCAAACCUGCACGGGCAGAAGUUGUCCAAAUUAAACAGCCUUGGUACAAACCAGACCCCCGGUGUUCUUUGUUGGAUGGUAAAGGAACAAAAAUGACUCAUUUGAUCUGUUUGACCCUCAAACACGUACUCUCACACAGAUGUCUCUCCCUUCCUACUAGUGGGUGGCCCUGCUAAGAAACGCUGCCUCUCGCUUUAGCUCAGGCAGGUAGUGUAGGAGGUCUGUUUGCUUUUGAGCCGCGCUGCGGUGUGGAGGCAUUUUCAAAGUUGUUUCAAUGAACUGAACCUUUCUUCUGUGCGGCGAGGUUGCAGCUGCACCCUCACCUUGCCACCAGCAAUGCCCCCUCGCGACUCAACACCUACUUCUGCUAAAACCGACUCCAUCGCGGGGCUCACUGAAUCCCUCUGCCGUUUCUAUUGAACAAUUUGCUUCCUCUUCACCAAAAAGAAACCACAAUGAAUCAUUCCGCCCACCGUAUUUACGAGUGGAUGGCUUACCCACGGCAUUUCCACCUCAGAACUUUACGGCAGUCAUCAACACAUGCCUAUCUUCACUCCUCUAAAUCAAAAGAUUGUUGCAGACAGCGAAGCCGUGACACAUCAGCAGCCUUCAUUUUGUUGUUUUUUUUUUCUUCUUCCUCUUCACGUGCUAGACAGAGCGUCUAUUCAGGGAACGUUGGGGAGAGAAACGCAAAACUGGGGAGAAUUUAUGUGAAUCUCAAGGCCAUGAUCUCAUUGUUCUAUCAUCACAGACAUUCUGAGAAUAACUGUACCUGUGAUCAAAGCUUGUCAGGGUGGUAAUUAUCUCCUCCUCUCAGGGCUGCCGUCGGUGAUUCUGCCGAAACCAGCCCGUCUAUAUUUCAUCUGCAGUCUUUGCAAAUUCCUUUCUGUGGAGCCCAGAUAAAGAUGCUUCCAUAACCCCCACCAGGAUGACAGAGAAAUGAGACUGACGUUUCUGAAGAUUGCAUCUGCAGAAUUUAUCCGUGCUUUGCUGUUUUAGGAUGAGGAUCUGUUUGUAAUGUCAUACGGUGCCAUGAAAAAAAAAAGUUGUCUUCUUAAAUAUUUAUGCUCUUUAGGCAUUUUAUUGUCUGAGUUAAAUGUUUCGGAUUGUUAAACAGAUUUUAAU